CGCGCCCGGCUCCGACCCCAGAGUCCCCGCGGCGGGUCGGGCGCGCGUGCGCGGAGGCCUCCGGAGCUGUCCACACUGCCUGGCAGCUGCCAUGGGCAGGCAGGCCCUGGCCGUGGAUGUGAGGUGGCCGCCCUGCACCCGUCCCCUGCUGGGGGUCUGCGCCCUCAUCUGCCUGGCCACAGCUGCCCUGCUGGGGCACAUCCUGCUCCAUGAUUUCCUGGUGGUCCCCCAAGAGUUGGGUGGCUUCUCCCCCGUCCUGGAGGAGACUCGCAGAGCUGCCCAGCCAGGAGCCAGCGGGCCAGGGCCCCAGCGCACCCAGGAGCACCCUGGCCAUCCCGCAGCAGCACCCACACAGUGCGACGUACCCCCCAACAGCCGCUUCGACUGUGCCCCAGACAGGGCCAUCACCCAGGAGCAGUGCGAGGCCCGCGGCUGCUGCUAUGUCCCAGCAAGGCGGGACCCACGGGGCGCCCAGAUGGGGCAGCCCUGGUGCUUCUUCCCGCCCAACUACCCCAGUUACAAGCUGGAGAACCUGAGCUCCUCCGAAAUGGGCUACACGGCCACCCUGACCCGCUCCACCCCCACCUUCUUCCCGAAGGACGUCCUGACCUUGCGGCUGGAUGUGCUGAUGGAGACGGAGAGCCGCCUCCACUUCACGAUCAAAGAUCCCGCUAACAGGCGCUACGAAGUGCCCUUGGAGACCCCGCGUGUCCGCAGCCGGGCACCGUCCCCACUCUACAGCGUGGAGUUCUCAGAGGAGCCGUUUGGGGUGGUCGUGCGCCGGCAGCUGGACGGCCGGGUGCUGCUGAACACCACUGUGGCUCCCCUGUUCUUCGCCGACCAGUUUCUGCAGCUCUCCACCUCCCUGCCCUCCCAGUACCUCACGGGCCUGGCCGAGCACCUCAGCCCGCUGAUGCUCAGCACCAGCUGGGCCAAGGUCACCCUCUGGAACCGGGACAUCGCCCCCACGCCCAACGUGAACCUCUACGGGUCCCACCCUUUCUACCUGGUGCUGGAGGAUGGCGGGUCGGCGCACGGAGUGUUCCUCCUGAACAGCAACGCCAUGGACGUGGUGCUGCAGCCGAGCCCGGCCCUCAGCUGGAGGUCGACAGGCGGCAUCCUGGACGUCUACGUCUUCCUGGGCCCGGAUCCCAAGAGCGUGGUGCGCCAGUACCUGGACGUUGUGGGGUACCCGUUCCUGCCGCCGUACUGGGGCCUGGGCUUCCACCUGUGCCGCUGGGGCUACUCCUCCACCGCCAUCACCCGCCAGGUGGUGGAGAACAUGACCGAGGCCCCGCUUCCCGAUGUCCAGUGGAACGACCUGGACUACAUGGACUCCAGGAGGGACUUCACCUUCAACAAAGACGGCUUCAAGGACUUCCCGGCCAUGGUGCGGGAGCUGCACCAGGGCGGCCGGCGGUACAUGAUGAUCGUGGAUCCCGCCAUCAGCAGCUCAGGCCCCGCCGGGGGCUACAGACCCUAUGACGAGGGGCUGCGGAGGGGGGUUUUCAACAACGAGACUGGGCAGCCACUGAUCGGAAAGGUGUGGCCCGGAUCCACCGCCUUCCCCGACUUCACCAACCCCAAGGCCCUGGACUGGUGGCAGGACAUGGUGGCCGAGUUCCACGCCCAGGUGCCCUUUGACGGCAUGUGGAUUGACAUGAACGAGCCUUCCAACUUCGUGCGGGGCUCUGAGGACGGCUGCCCCAGCAACGAGCUGGAAAACCCGCCCUACGUGCCCGGUGUGGUUGGUGGGACCCUCCAGGCGGCCACCAUCUGUGCCUCCAGCCGCCAGUUCCUCUCCACACACUACAACCUGCACAACCUCUAUGGCCUGAGCGAAGCCAUCGCAUCCCACAGGGCCCUAGUGAAGGCUCGAGGGACCCGUCCCUUCGUGAUCUCCCGCUCAACCUUUGCCGGCCACGGCCGAUACGCCGGCCACUGGACGGGGGACGUGGGGAGCAGCUGGGAGCAGCUUUCCUACUCCGUGCCAGAAAUCCUGCUGUUUAACCUGCUGGGGGUGCCCCUGGUCGGGGCUGACGUCUGCGGCUUCCUGGGCAACACGUCAGAGGAGCUGUGUGUGCGCUGGACCCAGCUGGGCGCCUUCUACCCCUUCAUGCGGAACCACAACGACCUGCACAGCCUGCCUCAGGAGCCGUACAGGUUCGGCAAGCCGGCCCAGCAGGCCAUGCGGAAGGCCCUCGCCCUGCGCUAUGCGCUGCUCCCCCACCUCUACACGCUGUUCUACCGGGCCCACGUCGGCGGGGAGACCGUGGCCCGGCCCCUCUUCCUGGAGUUCCCCGAGGACCCCCACACCUGGACCGUGGACCGCCAGCUUCUGUGGGGGGCGGCUCUUCUCAUCACCCCAGUGCUGGAGGCCGGGAAGGCUGAGGUGACGGGCUACUUCCCUUCGGGCACGUGGUAUGACCUGCAGACGGUGCCAGUAGAGACCCUUGGCAGCCACCCAUCUCUGCCUCCAGCACCCCCCAGGCCAGCCGUGCACAGCCAGGGGCAGUGGGUGACGCUGCCAGCCCCACUGGACACCAUUAACGUCCACCUCCGGGCCGGGCACGUCCUCCCUCUGCAGGGCCCCGGCCUCACCACCACAGAGUCCCGCAAGCAGCCCAUGGCGCUGGUCGUGGCCCUGACCGAGAGCGGGGAGGCCCGAGGGGAGCUGUUCUGGGACGACGGGGACAGCCUGGGAGUGCUGGAGCGCGGGGACUACACACUGGUCACCUUCCGGGCCGGGAACAACACGGUCAAGAACGAGCUGGUGCGUGUGAGCGGGGAGGGCGCUGGCCUGCAGCUGCGGAAGGUGACCGUCUUGGGGGUGGCCACGGCCCCUCAGCAGGUCCUCUCCAACGGUGUCCCCGUGUCCAACUUCACCUACAGCCCUGACACCAAGACUCUGGCCGUCCCCGUGGCACUGUCCGUGGGGGAGCAGUUUCUCGUCAGCUGGUCAUAGCCAGUGGCAGCGGCUUGAUCCUCACGGGGGAGGCUGGUUUCCCCCCAAGGCCGAGCCUGGCGCUCACGGUGGCUGUGUGCGUGCCGUGGUCCCCUGAGCAGCUCACGCUGCCCAUCGUGUCUACCUCCUGGGGUUGGGGCUUUGGGGUUUGCUCCCCAGAUCCUGCAGCUGCCCGGUGCGCUCCGGGGUCACUCUGUCCGGGUGUUGAAAGGCUUGUGUCCCCUGAGCCCACCACCCGCCUUCUGUCCCCGACGCCAGAGAAGGUGCUAGAGCAAGGAGUGUUGCCUCAGCACCGAGGUCCUGCCGCCAGCCUGCUGUGACCCAGGGAAAGGACAGAGCUUUGUCCCCACAGGCUCCCCCAGAAAGCUGCCUGCCAGCCCGGAAACGGAGCCUCGGGAGCAUGCGCAGGCCUGGGAAGUCCUUCAUCGACAUUUCAAGUGCAAUUGUCUGUAAUAAAAGGGCAUUUGGAAUCCUC